AUGGACGGGCGAUGGAGACUCCAACGGAGCUUGGCACAACGAGGUUGCCAAAUUUCCACAGAACUAACGCAGAAAGACUUGACGCUCUCUCUGACUCUGCAUCCGUCAUACUUUGGCCCCCAGAUGGGCCAAUACCUGCGGUCCAAGCUGCUGGCGGACGUGGAGGGCACUUGCACCGGAGAAUUCGGCUACAUUCUGUGCGUGCUGGACCAGCCGUUCGACAUUGGCAAAGGCAGAGUGGUGCCUUCCAACGGCUCGGCCGAGUUCACAGUCAACUACCGAGCCAUUGUGUGGAGACCGUUCAAAAACGAGGUGGUGGAUGCGAUAGUGACCAACGUGAACAAGAUGGGCUUCUUUGGCGACGUGGGCCCCUUGUCCGUGUUUGUCUCGUCCCAUCUGAUUCCUCCUGACAUGAAGUUCAACCCUAGCGCAAACCCACCAGCAUACGUCAGUGAAGAUCAGGUCAUUGAAAAGGGAAGUCGGGUGCGACUGAAGAUUGUCGGAGUGCGAGCCGACGUGGGAGAAAUGUUUGCCAUUGGUACUAUCAAGGAGGAUUAUCUGGGUUUGGUCUAG